AUGGAGCAGAUGUCCUCCACAGGCCGGCCUGUGCAGAUCACUGUGACAGAUGGAUAUGAUUUGAAAGGUUUUAAAGGAGAUACUCCAAUUACCUAUAUUCGUGCAGAAUUCAAUCAGGUGGUUCUGGGAGACUCUGCAAAAAUUUCUGUUUCUUCAGAUGGAACUGCAAAAUACAACUUCACUAGCAGCUUUGAAUUCAAUCCUGAAGGAGGAAUCACUUUAGAUGACCUCGCUCACAAACCUGUAUUCUUAACAGUGACUGAAGUUUUACCAAAGGAAAAGAAACAGAAAGAUGAGAAGACCUUAGUUCUUGGUCAAUCUGUGGUAGAUCUUCUUCCUUUACUGAAAGGAGAGACGUCAUUUGAAACGGUGGUCCCAUUGCACCCUGUGCCAGGCUCGCCCCUAGAAACAAUUCGACCAGGUGUUAAGCAGUGCAGUCUUAAAGUGAAAGUCUCUGUGUCAGAGCCAUUACUGACCUCGGCCCAGAUCUCCGGGAGCAAUCUACUGAAGGUUACGUUGGAGGCUGCCUACUCUGUCCCUGAGUCCUUCAUGCCCAUCGGACCCCUGCAGAACUACAUGGUUGGUCUGCAAGUUCCAUCAAUAGGGGAGGACAGGGAAUUCAGGAAUCAAGCAGAGUGUAUCAAGAAAAGGAUAAUUUGGGACCUGGAAAGUCGCUGCUACCUUGAUCCUCCUGCCGUGGUCAGCUUUCAGAAACGAAUUGCUGAUUGUAGACUUUGGCCUGUAGAGAUCACAAGAGUUCCUCUGAUUACUGCAUCCAAAGGGAAAGGUGGCAAAUUAGAUAAGAGUGAGGAUGACAGUCAGCUUUCAUUUCAUGGUGUGGCUUAUGUUAAUAUGGUACCAUUGCUGUACCCGGGUGUGAAGAGGAUUCGGGGAGCUUUCCAUGUUUACCCUUAUCUAGACAGUACGGUGUAUGAAAAGACCAAAUUUUCAUUUAGCUUGUUCCGGGAUACUGGUCAUCAUUUGAUACAUAAUAAUAAAGUAGGAGGAAUUAUUUCUCCACAGUCCAAACCAGUUUCUAAGAACCUGAAAGAAGAUAAAACAAUCAAAGAAAAAGAUAUGGUAAAGAAGGGCAAGGACUGGGGAUGUGGUGAGUUGCAAGCACCUAGUAUAAAAUCUCAGAGCUCAGAUACUCCUCUGGAAGCUGAACCCUCUCUCAACCACAAUCCAGAGGGACAGCAAUAUUUAGAAGCAGGGACAUACCUCGUGUUGGAGAUUCAGCUAGACAAAGCCUUGGUUCCAAAGCGUAUGCCAGAGGAGCUAGCCAAAAGGGUCAAGGAAAUGAUUCCUCCAAGACCUCCUCUUACCCGUCGUACAGGAGGCGCUCAGAAGGCGGUGAGUGACUACCACAUGCAGAUUAAGAACAUUUCCAGAGCCAUCCUGGAUGAAUACUACAGGCUGUUUGGGAAAGAGGUGGCCCAACUGGAGAAUGAAAUGGACAGCGAAACCAUGGAAGACCAGAAGUGCCAGCUCAACUACGAACUAAACUGCUCUGGAAAAUACUUUGCUUUCAAAGAGCAACUCAAGCAUGCUGUGGUAAAGAUUGUGAGAGAGAAGUACUUGAAGACAACAUCGUUUGAAAACCAGGAGGAACUGCAGACAUUUAUCAGUGAGCUCUAUGUGUUCUUGGUGGAUCAGAUGCACGUGGUCCUAAACCAGGUCAUGCCAGAUGACUUCCAACGUGCCACUUCAAGCAUUUAUACGAGCAGUGAACAGCUCCGGCUCUUUGCCUAUGAAGCAGAAGUCAACGAGAAUUUUGAAAUGGCAGCUGUGUAUUAUGAAAAGAGGUUGGUCCGUGAGCCCCAGAACUUGGAGCACUGGUUGGACUAUGGUGCUUUCUGCCUCCUAACUGAGGACAACAGCAAAGCACAGGAGUGUUUUCGGAAAGCCCUUUCCCUCAACCAGAAUCAUAUCCACAGCUUGCUGCUCUGUGGUGUCCUGGCUGUCCUGAUGGAAAACUAUGAACAGGCCGAAAUCUUCUUUGAGGAUGCGACUUGCUUGGAACCAACCAGUGUUGUGGCAUGGACUUUACUGGGUUUGUACUAUGAAAUUCAAAACAAUGAUAUUCGAAUGGAGAUGGCAUUUCAUGAGGCCUUCAAACAGCUUCAGAUUCGAGUAACGAAGCAGAAGAGCGCUGGAACUUUAGAGUAUCUUGAAGAAGGAGGAAAGAUGGAACCCGGUUUAGACCCAUGGGGGAUCACCAAUGAUUCUGCAACAGCAGUCAAAGCAGAUGCCCCAGCAGCACCUGCAGGAGAAGCUACAAUUCUAGAUGACUUCCUUGAAGAAUCCUCCAAACUGCAGUCUGAGUCACAAGAACAAACUCAGGAGCCAGUUUCUAGCCCAAAACCAUCCACCAUGUUUCUCAAGGACAUACCAGCGAAGAAAGAAACAUCAAAAUGGCCAGCUUCAGCAGCUGCUCUGCAUCCCACCCCUAAUUAUUGCGUUUCCCAAACUCCUGCCACCAUCUUCAUGGAGACCAUACACUUCUUGAUGAAGGUCAAUGCUGUGCAGUAUGUGCACAGAGUCCUUGCACAUGAGCUGUUAUGCCCUCAAGGUGGCCCCAGCUGUGAGUAUUACCUGGUGCUGGCCCAAACACACCUUCUAAAGAAAGACUUUGCCAAGGCAGAAGAAUGCCUUCAACAAGCAGCCCAAAUGGACUACCUGAACCCGAAUGUCUGGGGUAUUAAGGGCCAUCUCUAUUUUCUGAGUGAAAAUCAUUCUGAGGCCAAAGCAUGCUAUGAGCGAACCAUUAGUUUUGUAGCGGACGCUUCUGAGAUGCACUUCAUCUUCCUGCGACUGGGCCUCAUCUAUCUGGAGGAGAAAGAGUAUGAAAAGGCAAAGAAAACCUACCUGCAAGCUUGCAAGAGAUCGCCGUCAUGUCUUACCUGGUUAGGACUGGGAAUCUCCUGUUAUCGGCUGGAGGAGUUCACAGAGGCGGAAGAUGCUCUCUCUGAAGCUAACGCAUUGAACAACUACAAUGCUGAAGUGUGGGCAUACCUGGCUCUGGUCUGCCUGAAAGCUGGAAGGCAGCUGGAAGCUGAGCAGGCCUACAAGUACACGUUGAAGCUGAAAUUGCAAGAUGAGGCUCUCCUUGCAGAGAUCCACAUGGUCCAGCAGAUGGUUGGUUUUGGAGAUCCGUCUUUCUGA